GCCCGCGCCCGCCAUGCAAGAACAGUUUGCACGCGCCGAUCACCUUGCCGAGAGAGGAUUAGACGGCACGAGACCGGGCGAGUAUUUAUACCUCAUCGCCGUCUCCUCGCACACUCAACCCGCUCUCUCUCCUCUCCUCCAUCUCCAUCUCCACGAGAGUAGUAAGAAAGAACGCAAGGCAGGAGAAGGGAUCAAGCAAGAACGCAAAGGUAAAAGAAGGGAUCGAGCAAGAAGAAGAGGUCAGAAAGACAAGAACGGAGGUGGAGGUGGAGGAGGAGGAGGGGAAUUGAGCUGAGGUUGCACGUACGAGGGAUCGAGGGUAGGAUGGAUAUAGCGCGGAUGGGGAGCAUCGCCGGCGGGAGCAUGCGGCGCACGGCGUCGUCGUGGAGGGCAUCCGGGAGGAGCGACGUGUUCGGGCGGUCGGCGAGGGAGGAGGACGACGAGGAGGCACUGCGGUGGGCGGCCAUCGAGAAGCUGCCCACCUACGACCGCAUGAGGAAGGGCAUCCUCACGGCGGCCGGCGCCGGCGGGGUGGAGGAGGUGGACAUCCAGGGGCUCGGCAUGGCGGAGAGGAAGAACCUCAUCGAGCGCCUCAUCCGCACCGCCGAGGAGGACAACGAGAGGUUCCUCCUCAAGCUCCGCGACCGGAUGGAGCGAGUUGGGAUCGACAACCCAACGAUAGAAGUGCGGUUUGAGCACCUGAACAUCGACGCAGAGGCGUAUGUUGGCAACCGAGGAGUCCCAACAUUCACCAACUUCUUCUCCAACAAAGUCAUAGAUGCACUGAGUGCUCUGCGCAUCGUUUCAAGCGGGAAGAGGCCUAUCUCCAUCAUUCAUGACAUAAGUGGAAUCAUAAGACCCGGCAGAAUGUCUUUGUUGCUUGGACCCCCUGGAUCUGGGAAAACCAGUCUUCUCCUAGCUUUGGCAGGGAAACUUGACUCAACUCUGAAGGUGUCAGGAAGGGUGACUUACAAUGGGCAUGACAUGGACGAAUUUGUCCCCCAGAGGACAUCGGCAUACAUUGGGCAACACGAUCUUCACAUUGGCGAAAUGACUGUCCGGGAAACACUGGCUUUCUCUGCAAGAUGUCAAGGAGUUGGAACACGUUACGACAUGCUUACGGAACUCUCAAGAAGGGAGAAAGAAGCUAGCAUCAAGCCAGAUCCUGAUAUUGAUGUUUACAUGAAGGCCAUCUCCGUGGAAGGUCAGGAGAGAGUGGUCACAGAUUACAUUCUCAAAAUCCUGGGUCUGGAGAUCUGUGCAGAUACAAUGGUUGGAGACUCUAUGAUCAGAGGUAUAUCAGGAGGACAAAAGAAGCGUGUCACAACUGGUGAGAUGCUUGUUGGGCCAGCUAAGGCGCUAUUCAUGGAUGAAAUCUCCACCGGUCUGGACAGUUCCACGACGUAUCAGAUCGUGAACUCUCUGAGGCAGUCGGUCCACAUCCUUGGUGGCACUGCGCUCAUCGCAUUGCUUCAGCCUGCACCUGAAACAUAUGAGCUCUUCGAUGACAUUGUUCUCCUCUCCGAGGGCCAAAUUGUGUACCAGGGUCCUCGAGAAAAUGUCCUCGAGUUCUUUGAGGUCAUGGGUUUCAGAUGUCCGGAGAGGAAAGGUGUUGCAGACUUCUUGCAAGAAGUUACAUCUAGGAAGGAUCAACACCAGUACUGGUGUAGAGGAGAUGAGCCAUACCGGUACAUCUCGGUCAAUGACUUCGCAGAGGCGUUCAAAGCAUUCCAUGUUGGGCGUAAGCUGGGAUCGGAGCUCAUGGUGCCCUUCGAUCGAACCAGGAACCAUCCUGCUGCUCUCACAACGUCGAAGUUUGGUAUCAGCAAGAUGGAGCUUCUCAGGGCAUGCUUUUCUAGGGAGUGGCUGCUGAUGAAGAGGAACUCGUUUGUUUACAUCUUUAAAAUAGUCCAGCUCAUAAUCCUAGGAACCAUUGCAAUGACGGUCUUCCUACGCACGAAGAUGCAUCGUCGCAGCGUCGAAGAUGGAGUGAUCUUUCUGGGCGCAAUGUUCCUUGGCCUAGUCACACACUUGUUCAAUGGAUUCGCUGAGCUUGCUAUGAGCAUUGCAAAGCUGCCGAUUUUCUAUAAGCAGAGGGACCUCCUCUUCUAUCCAUCAUGGUCAUAUGCAUUGCCUACAUGGGUGCUCAAGAUCCCAAUAUCAUUCUUGGAAUGCGCUGUGUGGAUUGGCAUGACUUACUAUGUCAUUGGCUUUGAUCCAAACAUUGAAAGGUUCUUCCGCCAUUACCUGCUGCUCGUACUAAUCAGCCAGAUGGCAUCUGGUCUUUUCCGGCUUCUUGCUGCAUUAGGAAGAGAGAUGGUUGUUGCAGACACGUUUGGGUCAUUUGCUCAGCUUGUUCUUCUGAUUCUUGGUGGCUUCUUGAUAGCAAGAGAUAACAUCAAGAAAUGGUGGAUUUGGGGCUACUGGUCCUCCCCUCUGAUGUAUGCCCAGAAUGCCAUAGCGGUGAAUGAGUUCCUUGGCCAUAGCUGGCAGAAGGUUAAUAGGACAGAAAGCGACGACACGCUCGGUGUCCAAAUUCUAAAGUCGCGCGGCAUCUUUGUAGACCCAAAUUGGUACUGGAUCGGUGUCGGCGCAUUGCUUGGAUACAUCAUGCUCUUCAACGUACUCUUCAUACUAUUCCUCGAUUGGCUUGGCCCACUUGGGAAAGGUCAGGCUAUUGUUUCUGAAGAGGAACUGAGGGAGAAGCAUGUAAACCGUACCGGCGAGAAUGUUGAACUGCUAACUCUUGCAACAGAUUCCCAGAAUUCGCCUUCUGAUGGAAGAGGAGAAAUCAUGGGAGCUGACACCAGGAAGAGAGGAAUGGUACUUCCAUUUACACCAUUGUCAAUCACCUUUGACAAUAUCAAAUACUCUGUGGACAUGCCUCAGGAAAUGAAAAACAAAGGUAUUGAUGAAGAUCGGCUACUGCUGCUGAAGGGUGUAAGUGGAGCCUUCAGACCUGGAGUCCUUACAGCAUUGAUGGGAGUCAGCGGAGCGGGUAAGACUACUCUUAUGGAUGUGUUGGCGGGAAGGAAAACUGGCGGUUACAUUGAAGGAGACAUUUGCAUCUCUGGAUACCCAAAGAACCAAGAGACCUUUGCUCGGAUUGCUGGUUACUGUGAACAAAAUGAUAUCCACUCUCCACAUGUCACUGUCUAUGAAUCCCUCCUGUACUCAGCAUGGCUCCGGUUGCCACCAGAAGUAGAUUCAGAAGCAAGAAAGAUGUUCGUGGAAGAAGUCAUGGAACUUGUUGAGCUGACACCAUUGAGAGGAGCAUUGGUGGGACUGCCAGGAGUGAAUGGUUUAUCCACCGAACAGAGAAAGAGGCUCACCAUUGCUGUUGAGCUCGUUGCCAACCCAUCAAUCAUAUUCAUGGAUGAACCAACUUCAGGAUUAGAUGCGAGGGCAGCUGCAAUCGUGAUGAGGACAGUCAGAAACACAGUCGACACUGGACGAACAGUUGUCUGCACAAUCCACCAACCCAGCAUCGAUAUCUUCGAAGCUUUUGAUGAGCUGUUUCUUAUGAAACGGGGUGGUGAAGAAAUUUAUGUCGGCCCCUUGGGACGCAACUCAUGCCAUCUGAUUGAAUACUUUGAGGGAGUACAAGGAGUGAAGAAAAUCAAGGAUGGUUACAACCCUGCAACAUGGAUGUUGGAAGUGACCAGCCUAGCUCAAGAAGAUAUCCUCGGGGUCAACUUUGCUGAAGUAUACAGAAAUUCUGACCUAUACCGGAGGAAUAAAACUUUGAUCAGUGAAUUAAGCACACCUCCACCUGGAUCCAAGGACUUGUACUUCCCAACGCAGUACUCACAGUCUUUCAUCACACAAUGCAUGGCCUGCUUAUGGAAGCAGCACAAGUCGUACUGGAGAAAUCCGUCAUACACUGCAACUAGAAUCUUCUUCACAACAGUUAUUGCCCUCAUCUUUGGAACCAUCUUCUUGAACUUAGGCAAGAAAAUUGGCAAGAGACUGGACCUGUUCAAUGCUUUGGGAUCCAUGUAUGCAGCAGUUCUUUUCAUUGGAAUUCAGAAUGGCCAAACCGUGCAACCGAUAGUAGAUGUUGAGAGAACAGUAUUCUACCGAGAAAAGGCUGCUGGAAUGUACUCUGCUCUACCCUAUGCUUUUGCACAGGUUCUUAUUGAGAUCCCACACAUCUUCCUCCAGACUGUCGUGUAUGGUCUCAUCGUGUACAGCUUGAUUGGCUUCGACUGGACAGUUCAAAAGUUCUUCUGGUACAUGUUCUUCAUGUUCUUCACCUUCAUGUACUUCACAUUCUAUGGGAUGAUGGCAGUCGCCAUGACACCAAACAGCGACAUUGCCGCCAUAGUCUCAACUGCUUUCUACGCAAUAUGGAAUAUCUUUGCCGGCUUCCUUAUCCCUCGACCGAGGAUACCAAUAUGGUGGAGAUGGUACUCGUGGGCAUGCCCAGUGGCUUGGACACUCUACGGACUUGUGGCCUCACAAUUUGGAGACAUCACAGAUGUUAGGCUGGAAGAUGGGGAAACAGUGGAAGAGUUCAUCAACAGAUUCUUUGGGUUCAGGCAUGAUCACUUAGGUUAUGUAGCUACCGCUGUUGUUGGAUUCACUGUUCUCUUCGCUUUCGUCUUUGCCUUCUCCAUCAAAGUCUUGAACUUCCAGAGAAGAUAAGAGAAGCCACCAAAAAACGAUUAUGUGUUGCUUCAGCUCACUUUCAGUAUAUAGGCACUGCUGCAAUGUAAGAUGAUGAGAGAGUAUAUAUAUAGUAUUUGUUUCAUUUUUAGGCAGUUAACAUCAUUUUUCGUUUUUUCCAAUCACUUUGGCCUGUGACCUCUGUUAAACAAAUAGAGGCCUAUAUGUAAAUUGUAGAGUGUGCAUAGUUGAGUUCAAUGAAAAAAUUUCCGUUAAAUUU